AUGGCUGACGAAUACAACGCCGAGGAGGCCGCUGAGCUCAAGAAGAAGAGAACCUUCCGCAAGUUCUCUUACCGCGGUGUCGAUCUCGAUGCUCUCCUUGACCUGACCUCCGACGAGCUCCGCGAUGUCGUCCACGCUCGUGCCCGCAGAAAGAUCAACCGUGGUCUUAAGCGCCGCCCCAUGGGCCUCAUCAAGAAGCUCCGCAAGGCUAAGCAGGAGGCUAAGCCCAACGAGAAGCCCGAUCUCGUCAAGACUCACCUCCGUGACAUGAUUGUCGUUCCCGAGAUGAUCGGCAGCGUCGUCGGUAUCUACUCCGGCAAGGAGUUCAACCAGGUGGAGAUCAAGCCUGAGAUGGUUGGCCACUACCUUGGCGAGUUCUCUAUCUCAUACAAGCCCGUCAAGCACGGUAGACCAGGUAUCGGUGCUACCCACUCUUCUCGUUUCAUUCCCCUCAAGUAAGGGCUGGGAUAUUGGUGGUUCUUGCAUUCAGUCUCUCAUGGGUUCGGCGAAACGGGACA